AUUUGAUAAUUUAUUUUUUUUGUCAUAAUAUUAUUUAAAAUUGUAUUUUUAUAUUGAUUGAUUUGUUUUUUGUGCACUUAUUUGUUGUUAUUGUUACUGUCAAUUUAUCACAGUUAUGUCCUAUUUCGUGUUGUGUUGAAGUAUAUGUUUUUAUGUUGAUAGUAAAUGUCGAUGACCCGUCUCUAGUUUAAGUAUGGCAUAUUGCGAAGAAGUAGAAUACAUGGACGUGUCGUUAAAUUCCGAAAAAAAUGAAACAACAUCCUUUGGGAAAAAGUUUCAUCUUAAUCGCACUCCAACUCCUCUAAAACCGUCACGUCACUGGUGCAUGUCUACAGAACUUUUGCGUUCACAAUACAAAACUAACAACGUACGCAAAAAAAAAGUUUAUAAUCCAUUUAAUGACAACUUAAUGCAACGACUGGGGGAAACGACAAUCAGUCCUACAGUAUUUGCCAAUGUAAAAAGCCCAGGGCAAGAAGUUGAAUUUGGAUGGAAUAUAGAUGAUGUCUCCAAACUAAACCCAGUGCACAUAGAAGAUGAAUGUAUUGUUGACGAGGAUCAAGUUGAUGAUGAAACAGAAUCUAAGUUACAAGAGACUAUCGAUAAGUAUUUUUGCUCAACACAUAAAGUUCCUAGCCCUUGGAAUAAUCAAGUUAUUGAUUGGGAAGCUCAUAAAAAUUCAUCUUCUACACCUAUAUCAAAUAAGCAAAGUCUGAAAUCUGUAUCAUAUAGCCGUGAAGUUUCAACACAAACAAAUUUAAGUUUUCCUUCUAUAUUACCUGAUCAUGUUGAAGAAAUACUUAAACCAUACUUCUUGAAUUCAACUCAAAAUUGUGAAGAAGAAAUAAGUCCUACUAAAGAUAACUCAAAUUUACGCCGCAAAUUAUUUUUUAUGAAUGAUAAUGAUGACCCUAUUUCUCCAGUAGAAAUACGCAGAAAUCUGUCAGUUAGCCCAUUAACGAAGUCGUUUAUUAAAACAAUUAAUUCAAAAGGUCCAGUUCUUGGAAAUCAUUUAGGUGUACAAGAACUACCUAUAGACUGUCACAUUCCUAUUGAUGUAUCUCCAAUAAUAAAUAAAAAUAAUAGAGAAAAUACUCCACCCAACAAUAAAAACAAAGAUUUUAUUUUUUUGACUCCGGUAUCCACUAUGUCAAUGCCAAAACGACGACGCACUGAAAAAAGCAGUUUGAUGAUGGAAAGUAGCUCUGAUACUGGUUACCAAACCAUGACUAUGAGCAUUAAGGAAAUGUCUAGUAUGGCACCAUUUGGACAUAGUUCCAAAAAUAUAAUGUUUACUGCAUCUACACCUACAGAACGACGAUUCUGAAUAAUGGUAUACAUUUUUUUUUAUCCCUUUUUAACAUUAACUGUUGGUGCAUUACAUUUUUGUAAUUAGAAGGACAAACUUAAAUCAAUCGUUAGUAUGACUAAAUAUAUCUUAUCUCUACUGAUAUACAUAACUGUGAUGAUUUUACUAUCCAUUUAAUGAAAACAAAAUUGUUGUCCUUUUUUUAUAUUUUAAACAAGUUUACAAAAAACGCGCUAUUAUAGGCAAUUGAUUUACUAUGUUUUAUAGAAGACAAAAAAAUAUUUGUCAUGUAUUAAACAUAAAUUAAAUACUAGUUAUUUUCUUACUGUUACUUGGUAAUUGUAUUUUUUCUUCGUGUGAUACUAUAACUAUGAAAUGUUAUCACUUGUUAGAACCAAACAUAUUUUUCACUAGUUAUUUGUAAUGCAAUUAAUGUAAUUUAUAUAUUAAAACAACUUUUAUUUUUAUUUUAAGAAAAUGUUUUUAAUUCAUAAAACUGUUUAAAAUGACAUUAAACAAUAAAAAUAUAUUUAUAUUAUAUAAUUUGGUAUAGUGAAUAACUUAAAAGACAUGGAAUGAUUAUGUUUCCAAAAUAUAAUGAGUAUAAUAGAA